GAGCCGCCACUUGCUGCAGACUGGAUGCAGCUCUGGUCCUCCGGCCGCGGCUGAGGCUCCCAGGAUGGAUCUCUGUCUCUUCGCCGUCCUGUGCGGGGCUCUGGUGCUGCUCUGGGACCUGCCCCGCGGACAGACUCUCGCUAUUUUCCCUCCGGCUCCUCCGAAGAGCAGCCUGGUGGCGAAGAUUUUUGACGGACAAGAAGCGUCCAAGUACUUCAAGGAGCUUUACGCGCCGCCUUCACUGGACAGAAGCAACAAAGCGACACCCAAAGAUUUAAUCGAGCCUCAUGACUACAUGCUGUCCAUCUAUAAAACCUUCUCCACGGCGGAGAAACUGGGACUGAACGCCAGCUUUUUUCGCUCUUCGAAGGCUGCGAACACGAUUGCAAGUUUUGUGGACACUGGAGAAGAUGACCUCCCACUCUCCCCUCUGAGGAGGCAGCAGUAUCUGUUCGACGUCUCAACCCUCUCAGAGAGAGCCGAGGUCCUAGGAGCCGAGCUCAGGAUUUACACCAAAGUGUCUGGGAAUUUCAGGAUCUCGGAAACAGAGCCUGUCGACAUCCAGCUGCUCUCCUGCCGCAACCAGCAGCUGCUCGACUCCAGAACUCUGGACCUGCAGGACUCCCACCAGCCCAAGUGGGAAGUCCUGGAUGUUUGGGAGAUAUUCAAAGAGCAGCAGCACCUCAGCCACGGGACGCACUUCUGCCUGGAGCUCCGGGCCAUGCUGGACAACCCCGAGAGGGAGCUGGACUUGCACCUGCUGGGGCUGCACCGGCAUGCCAGGCCCCAGCAGAAGAAGGCCAUCCUGGUGGUGUUCACCCGGUCCAAGAGGAGGCAGACGCUCUUCAGUGAAAGGCAGGAAGGGAGAGCUCUGCUAGGCCUGGAGAGGAAGCCAAGAGAGAGGGGCCUCGGCACCAAAACCAGCCGGAGACGCAGGACGGCGACAUCCAAAACCCGCCACGGCAAGAGACACGGCAAGAAGUCCAAGUCCAGGUGCAGCAAGAAGCCGCUGCACGUGAACUUCCGGGAGCUGGGCUGGGACGACUGGAUCAUCGCCCCGCUGGACUACGAGGCCUACCACUGCGAGGGCGUCUGCGACUUCCCCCUGCGCUCCCACCUGGAGCCCACCAACCACGCCAUCAUCCAGACACUGAUGAACUCCAUGAACCCCAGCAACAUGCCGCCCAGCUGCUGCGCUCCGUCCAAGCUCAGCCCCAUCAGCAUCCUGUACAUCGACUCAGGGAACAACGUGGUCUACAAGCAGUACGAGGACAUGGUGGUGGAGUCGUGUGGCUGCAGGUAGCUCGUCUCUGGAGACUCUUUCUUCAUCUCCAGUUAGUGGGAAUCAAACCGGCUGCAGCUGAAAUAAGAAACUGGUUUAUUCAGCAGCAUUAGAUGCAGUUUGAAACCCAACUAUCACCUCAAUACCUCAAACAUCUGUCUUCCCUCUUUAUCUGUCUUGAGGACGUCCAACUGGUCACCUUCAACUCUGCAUUUCCUUCAUAUUCAUGGACAUGUUAACUGUAUUUCUUUGUUCUUUUAACUUAUUUUGCACUGUGGCACCUCAACAGGACUGUCCAAACCACAACACUCAUUCUGUUGUUUUCAUUCUAAAUUUAAGCAGACAAAGCAGAAUGAGAAUAAAUCAGCCAAAUGAAGCUUCCUGUUGUGGUGUGGAGCUCUGUAAAGGCACCAUAUUGGAAAAUACUCACAAAAACAUGAUCAGAAACUGCACAAAUGUCCCAUUUUAAAUGUUCUCUAUUAAGUUUGCUGAAGAAACCGAGACUCUGUCCCAGCUCGUCUGAUGAACUACAAUCCAGAAAUAUAAUACUCAAAUAUGCAAAAAGAAAAGAUUUACAUGAAGUGUGAAUGAAUCAGCAAAUUGUGAGACGAUUAUUUGCAAAAAAAAUGCUGACAAAAUCAACAAAUUGACAAAGUUGAAAAUACAGGAGUAUUUUCUUGCCAAGAGUUUGAUGAAUUUGAAGUUUGACACCACUCUAUAGCAGCAGCUAGCAGCUAGUUAGCUUAGCUCAGCAUAAAAAUGUGGAAACAGCUAGCUGAACCCCUAGAUGAAAUUUUGUGCCUUACUAUGCACAAAAGUGCAGCUGCUAACAGUUAACACAAAUGAUAGGCUUCCUUAUGAUUGGCAAGCAAAUUUAAAGAACUCUUAGUAAUUUAGACCUGCUUCCAUUAGCUGCUUUCAGCCAUUAAACCGGACAGAAGGUUGUGCUAUCGGCUACAUGGCUAUAAAAAUCAAACUGGAAGAAGCUUCAAACUAAACAAGUUGUUUCCCAGCUACUAAAAAUGAAGGAACGUUUGUCUAUCCACGAGAGAAAAGUGGAGGAAAGUCUGAAAAAAGUCACUGAAUGAACCCAAAGUUUAAAAUAAUAGCUGAGUUUUUUUCUUGUAAAGAGUUUGAUGAGGAGAUUGACACUAAUUUUGUGAUUGUAUGCAAAAUUUGUACCAACAGCUAGUAGCUACUUAGCUUAGCUUAGCAUAAAACAUGGAAACAGCUGGCCAAACUUCAUGCAAAGCUAGAAAAAAAAGGUAGUGUACAAAAGUACAACUGCUAACGGCUAACACAAAUGAUUCACUUCCAUGAAUAUUUAAAGAAGGUCUUAGUAAAACAGGCCGUUAGCUGCUGUGGAGCCAUUAAACUUGGCAAAAGGUAUCGGCUACAUGGUUAUAAAAAAUAAAGUAGAAGAAGCUCUGAACCAUACUAGUCAUUUGUUAGCUGCUAAAAACAAACAAAAGCUUAUCUAGCUACCAGAGAAAAAUGGAGGAACGUCUUCAGAAAUUGUUUUUAGUCGAGGAAGUUGUCAUUAUUCUUUGAUGUCAGCUGAAAUUUAUGUUCUGUGGGAAAAAAACAAUGAAAGAACUGUGUCAGGACUUAAUCAGAAAAAAGGUUUUUCCAUCUCUCACGAAGCAAACAGUUACGAAAAACUUUUUUUAACUGUCAUAGCAAACAAGCAAAACCGCUUUAAAGUCAGUGAUUUAGACGUUUUCAAACAUUUCAGUCGACUGUAAUUUCACCUGUUUACUGUCAGUAGAUGUAUUUCCAUUUAACUGCCAGGCCAAACUUUUAAAAUAUCACAAAAAAUAAAUAGAUGUGAGUUUGUUUCUAUCAGUUGCUAUGGAGCAAAUAGACAAGCUUGCAUAGUGUCGUCUGAAUGUGGCGCUGCAGGCUGCAUGGACGUAAUAAACAAAGUAGAAGAAGACCGAAACCAAUGAAAAAAACUAGAAGAAUAAACAAACUCCAUUUUGACCUUCUGACCUCUGAAAAAAUGUUUCCAUCUCCAAUUAAAAUUAGAUUUUUUGCAAAUUAUUAAGUUGCAAAAGGUGAUAGAGUCACACCUUCAGUUUAGAAUUAAUAUUCAAAUUAGUUAAACAAAAUAAACCCAAAAUUUCAAAAAAUAUAUAAAAAUGGCAGCAAAGAUGGUGGAAAUAUGUUUUUUUAAACUGGUCAGACAUUUUCUAACACAAAUAUUAAAUAUACACACAACACAGAAACAGCUCUCUCCUAUAAUGUUCUCUUCACUGAGUUUUAGUGGUGUUAGUAGCUUUUCUGACUUGGGCUGAACCAUGCUAGCAGUUUCCUACUACUUCUAGUGUUUAUGCUAAGCUAAGCUAACUGCCAUCAGCCUGCUGUGGCUUCAUGUUUGACUCUACAGAUGUGAUAGGUGUGUUUAUCUUCACAUCUAAUGUUCUGCAAGAUCCCAAAUGUUUCAGUAAAAUAGAUUUAUGAUCAGAAAUGAUAUAAAUAGGAAGAUUUUUCUGGUAUUUUAAUCUUUUCCACCUUUAAAACGUUUGAUUUACACUCUUCCAGCCUGUUUCUUCUGUAAAAUGAAUAAUUAACUUUACGUGUUUCAAUAAAAACCUUCAGUUUCUUGAAGGAUUUAAAAAAAAACAGUUUUCCAGCAGCACUUGACUCAGGGAUUAAAGCCGAACGUUUGACCUUCAUACAUGAACUUAGUCUGCGAUGCACUGAUGUCCAGAGAAAACCUGUAAAUAUUCGGAAAUAAUAAUUUAUGUUGUGCGAAUAACUUAUUGCGUUUCUUUUUUCCGCUUUGUUCUGUUGCAGCUUCCAGAUGUGUGAGUCGCACAUCUGGACGUUCAGGUUCAGAUAAACACGUGAAAUAUUCCCUCUGCUGUAUAUAGAUGUAGAAAUAUAAAUAGCAGCUAAAAUUAUUCACCUCACAUCAGAUUCUUCUGGUCGGUGAGUUGAUCUUUAGGCUUUUAAAGAUUCUCAGCACAUUUUAACCUCUUUGUGUUUAUUUACUGCAAAAUAAUAUAUUAUUAUACCGAGCGACGUGUUUGUAUUUUACUUGAGCUCCUCUCAGAAUGUAUUUUUUACUUCAUUUAAAUAAUCAGUUUGUUAAACCGAGUGUGAAUCUGUUCUCAUAAACUGUAUAAGAUGAGCAGAAAUUACAACGUCUUCAACUUUAAAUGGUUGUUUGUUGAACUGUGGAAUUUAUUGCUGUUAUUUUUGACAGUUGAACUAUAAAGAAACAUCAAAAGUCUGUUUUUGU